CCUGUCUUUUCCUUCAGUCAUCUUUUCUCAAGCAGUAUCUCGUAAAAACUAUAGAGAAAAUGGAAUCAUUCCACCCUGGUACAAAAAGCAGCAUUUUUGCUCUGUUAGUAGCUUUUCUGUCGACAAAGAAAGGAAGAAAUCUGGGCGCAAAGAUAAUUCAUGAAUACGUAAAAAAAACAAUUUUAUUUUGGAUACCCUUGAAAUACCGGUGUAAAAUGGUCGAAAGGAUUAUGUCUAUGCCAAUUGCUCAAGGACAAAAAGUCAUGAAUAAGACGACGAAACCUUACGGAUACCAAUGGGACUACAUCCAUCCAUUGAAAAAGAAAAACUGGAUGGGCCACUGGAUUACCAGUCCCGAUGAUGACUUAGAUCUGGAUAAAGCAGAUAUGAUAAUUUAUUAUAUUCAUGGUGGAGGAUUCCGUUUUGGACAUUCUUUAAUGUACAUGGAAUCGUUUAUUCAUAUCAUUGAACAUCUCAAAAAGCAAAAAAAACUCAAAACACGUAUUUUUUCCAUUGAAUAUUCGCUUAUGCCCAAGGUUACGUAUGACCGUACUAAACAAGAUUGCAUGGAAGGAUACCGUUAUUUGAUUGAGGAUUUGAAGCUAGACUCUAAAAAGAUUGUCAUUGCUGGUGAUAGUGCAGGUGGUAAUCUUGUGGCCAACUGUAUGUUUUCGAUACUGAAUAGUGAUGACUUACCUUUACCUGCUGCGAAUGUACAAAUCUCACCAUGGUGUACGAUUGAAAACAGCCAAUCUCACCGACCCAAUAUAGUUUACCAGGAUUGUAUUACAUAUGAAAUGCUCAGUGUAGACCACGGAAACUAUUUUUACAAGAACACAGAAAAUGGUACAGUCAGUGAUGAUGACAAGAUACAGCUUUUACGAGAUCCUCGCAUUUCACCUCUAUAUGCACCUUCUUUCGCUGGUUUUAGCCCUACCUUAAUUACAUAUGGAGGCACAGAAAUCUUCCAACAUGAUAUUGAGCUACUGAUUGAAAAAAUGAAGACGGAACAAGUAAAAGUAGAUGUGAUGACGCGCUCAAAUGCACCCCAUAUAUGGAUCAUCUCUUCUAUUUUAUCACCUACUCAUGCCAUAUGGAAACAGGAUUGCUCAAAACUCGCCGAAUGGUGCGCUAAGCAAGUGGCUAAUGCUGGGUUAUUCUAAUCAAAAAUAUCAAAGCACUGAAAGGUGCAUAUAUUGAAGUAUUUCUGGGCUCAUUAAAUUAUUAUCUUUGCGUAAAACAUGAUAAAAAAGAGACAAACAAGUAUAGUAAAUCAGCCCUAUUACAGCAAAUUUUAGCCUUCAGUGUAGCAUGGACCAUUUCAUCUGAAACAUAGUAACCACAUAAAUUGGAAAGCCUUUCGUUUACGUUUUAAAAGUAUCCAUGGCAUUGGAGAAUUAAGCUAUAAGACAAAUAAUCAAUAAGCAAAUCUGUGAAAACCAGAAAGGAUACAAUUCAUUUUCAAGAAUAAAUUGAAGCUUAGAGAUUAAAAAAUUCAUUCAAAGAUAC